AUGACCGGUGUUAACAUCCCGCUCCCUCUGGCAUUUUUGCCUCUCCCGGGAGAGCCGAAUGUGGCUUUCGAUGAAUGGAUCGAAUCCUUCGAGUUCUUCCUCACAGCACGUGGUGGCGAUCCGAGUGACGAUCAGAAGGUUGCGCCCCUGAUGUGUUGUAUCGGAGCAGAGGGUCAGGCCCAAUAUCGGGCAGUGAGAGACCAGGUCGUCGACCCACCGUACAUGAUGAUGUCGGAGUACGAGCGCGCUGUCGCGAGGCUAUCUCAGCGAUUCGCGGAUCGAGGUGGCAUCAUGUCGGCACGUCUAAAAUUUCGUCAGCGAUCGCAGCUUCCUGGGGAAUCGAUCGUGGAAUUUGUGGCGGCUCUGAGGAAACUCGUGCAGAAAUGCAAGUUUGGAUCGUACGGCCCGAGCGAUGCUGUCAAGGAGCAGCUGAUAAUGGGCGUUGCUUCGGAAAAGGUCAGAGGAACAAUGUUGCUGCAACCCGAAGAAACAACGCUAGAACAAGCAAUCGGAACAGCUUCGCGGGCAGAACGAAGCCAGAUUGAGGCGAAAGAACUGACGUCUCCAACUGUAAAUGCGCGGGUGCAACAGCCGAGGGGUUCGGACCAACGAUCGCAGUGGUGUAGAAACUGUACGAAGACGGCUCAUUCCUCACCGGAGGAGUGCUCGGCAAGAUUCUCGAAAUGUUUUCGUUGUGGAAAGAUAGGGCAUUUCGCACGCGCGUGCAGCAUGGGUCGGAAAUUUCCGUCCAAAUGA